UCUGUAUAUCGUCGUGGUUAUUUGCAGCCUGAUCGUGUAUUUCGUGCAAGUUCUGUGCAGAGCGCGUGACACUACGAGCUACUCGUACUUUGGUAUACGCACAAGUACGGUAAGUAGUGCAGCCUUUGUAUCAGCUGUGCAGAUAAAGGUAACAAUGUAACGAUUGCUUACUUGAACUGAUGACGUGUUAUUUACGUGAGGGACGAGUAGAUCCUGUUACUAUAAAGAAAGAUAAAUGUGACAGUAGGCAGUCUGCCACGAGAGUAAGAACUCGAACUUGGUACCACCAGUUAUGCAGAAUACAAAAAACGUUGGACUAGCUUGCAUUGUUCUGAAGGAGUUUAUAAUGCAUUUUAAGAAAUACACAAAUUAUGAAAGUGGACCACAAAAUAAUAUUAAUAUACUGUAAAAAAAUUGGGCUGGGUUAGUUUAUUCACACUUGUUUUUUAUUACAUUUGUAACAUCACAGGGAGGUGAUUCUGUCUCCAAGCUAUGAGAAUACUACUGAAGUUGAGUCUCUCAGAAGAAACUGUAUAUCUGGAACUCUCCAGGAACACACUUCGUUUCCUCACAGGGAAGUGUGCUGUGCCACAAAACAAUAUUAAUACACUGUAAAAAAAAAUGUGGCUGAGUAAUUUAUUCACUCAUUUCUUUUAUUGCAUUUGUAGCAUCAUAGGAAGGUGAUUCUGAGUCCAAGCUAUGAGGAUACUACUGAAGUUGAGUCUCUCAGAAGAAACUGUAUAUCUGGGACUCUCCAGGAACACACUUCCUUUCCUAACAAGGAAGUGUGCUGUUCACCAGGUUUCUCUCCCAGCCCCUGUCCUUCAGAGAUGGCUAUUCCAGCACCUGUUUAUUUUCUUAUAAAGGAACAGGCAAAGUCUCUAGUUGCCAUUAAGGAACUCCGAGAACGAAUGACAGCUGCUGAAGUGUUUCAAAAUAAUGUCACUCCAGUAUUUCAAGAUAUCCAGCAACAGUUAGCACAUGGUUGCAAUCAUAGGAGAUUUCAAACUAACAGGACAAGGUGUUAUAACAAUGAGUUUGUUAACCAAGUUCCAUUAUCUCAUAUAGCUUGCUCAGUCUCUGGAUAUCUUAAGAGCAGUGAUCUAAGACUUAAGUCAUCUCAUUGUUCUUCUUCAGUGCACAAACCUACAAGUAACAUUGACAACUUAAAUGGUGAGUCAAAUAGAAGAUUGAUUAUGGAGAGUGAUAAUAAACAAGACAGUGGUUUAGAUUCAGAUUGUCGAUAUCAAGGUCAAAGUAACAGUUUAACACUUGUUAGUGAUACUUUUAAUGUUAACUUACCUGAUAAGGAAGAAGGGGAUCAAAGAGAUCUUUAUAUGUUUGGAGCUAUAGAUGAACUUUCAGUUCUUCUGGAUAUUAUUAACCUGAAAGGACUUUUAUUGAGGAAACAAGUAGAUGAUAAAGAUCAACAAUAUGCUACACAAGAUGGAGAAUAUCAUGCAAAUUCCCAGCAACACUAUGUAUCCAGACACCAGACAAGGAACAAUGUAGAAGUCAAGCUGCAACUGGUUGAAAAGGAAAGAAGUACCCUUUGUGACAAGAUUACACACUUGGAGGCUACUUGUCAUGAAUUGAAAAAUGAAAGGUGGCAACUUGAAGAAAGACUUGAAACAGCACUAGCUGAAAAAGAUCAGUUGGAAUUUCAUAUUCAUGAAUUGUAUGUUCAGUAUGUUAAAAACCAUGAUAGGAAAGAUGAGUUCUUGCAAAAAUAUGACAUAACAGAAUUUGGUUCCCAACCUAAAAACAGUCAAUCAGGAAAAGGAGUUUCUUGUGCUGCUGAGAUAGGUAAUUCCAGUCAGAACAAAGUAUCCUCUGUUCUUAAGGAAAGAAAUGUUUUGGAACUUCAGCAGCAGCUAAUUAGCUAUGUAAUGGAAAAUGAAGUUUUACAAAACAAAGUUGAGCAGUUGGAAAAAUUGCAGGAUGUCACAAGCGUGGAUAGAGCAAGAAAAUUAAGUGAUCAAAUUAAGCAGCUUCAAGGUGAAAAAGAAGAACUUCAAGUUGUGGUGAAAUCAAGCAUCUUAGAACUAAAAUCUAUGAAUGCCAAAAUGUUGAUGCUCCAGAAGGCUGUCUUUGCUUUAACUCAGGAAAACCAAGAAUUUAAAGAGACUUGCAAAUCUUCAAAACAGAUGAUUCCAUAUCCAAAGUAUCAACAUUUUGCAAGACCAAAUUUAAAAGUACACUCUGAGAGGUGUGAUUCUGAAACACAGAGCCUCCCUCCAUUCCUACCAUUAGAAACUGGAAACCCUUCCUUGAAUUAUGGCCAUAUGGAAGGUAAGCAAACUGUUAAGGACACUGCAUGUAACGUUUUGUAUAAUGUAAACUUUCCUAAAACUUUAUGUGAAAAUAUCAGACAGCACGAUAUUAUCACAUCAGGGAAAUGCGGGGAAUCUCUAAGUAAUAGCCAAUCGUUAAUUAUGGAAAAUCAAACUUCACUUCAUUGUAAGUCAUCCUCUCCUAAAACUACAUUAUUGUCUUGUAGUCACAGUUCUCAGUUAUUGUCAGGUUUAAAUACUUUAUCCUAUACAUCACCUACUCAGCAUAAACCUCUUGAAAUGUGUCAAGUUUCAGCAGUAACAGAAAAUAGAACUUUUGUAUCCCAAAACGAAACUUCUCCAGAGUUUCAGUGUAAGAAUGUCCUUUGUAAUCAGAAUCUUUCUUGUAAUUAUAAUACUAUGGAUAAUUUGAACAAAAAUAUCCAUUCAAAGCAAAUAAAUAGCAUAUGUAGUGAGUUUGAUCCCCUGCAUAGUAAAAUGUUUCAGAGAGACCAAUUGAGACGACAGGAGUUUGUUGACUCCUUAGAUUUGUCUGUGCCUUUAAAACCAGUGAAGUCAACUCAGGUCUAUAGGCAAGAUCUGCCCUUCCCUCGUAGUGCUGCCAACUACUUGUACGAACAAAGACUAAAUACAGCAACUAACCUCAAACUAGAUGUGGGACAUAGGAAACAGCUUGUCAUUCAGGCCUCUGGUGAAAAUAAACCUAAAAAUUUGCAUCAUCAUCUUCAAAUCAUUUUAGAUCGUCUUUCAGCAGCUGCUUCAGAUGAAGCCCUGUGAUAUUAAUGCCUCUAUUUUUUUAUAUGUAAUAUCAUUCUAGGAGCAUCAUCAGAUUUUGAGUGUGAUGUGUUUUAUAUUUUCUCAUUUAUUUAUUGUUGUUUAUAACGACUUAAUAUAUAUAUGCUUUACAGAAUAAUCCAAGUGUUUUCAUAUAUUUACAAGACAAAUAUGUAGGGACAGAAUUUUAUA